CCAGGCAACAGUUCAGUUCGAAUCGUAGAGAAACGAAAGCGGUGCUUUGGACUAAAGGCCAAAAAAAAAGAGAGUCGUGAAAAAUUCCACUUAAACCUUCUGUGACUGGAAUACGAGUUUUGAUUGCAAUGUACUGGAAGAGCACUGAACUGUUUGUCUGUCGAAUGGAAGGGAAAGAAAACUACACGGGUAGCGAGGCUUUGGACAAGAUUAAUCCCGAGAAAGUUUUCAAAGAAAAGUCCUGCUCCCCAGUCACACCAGCCUCCCCGUCCUCGUCUCCGCAAUCCAUGGCAUCUUCAGGGACCGAGAAAAACAUCUGUAGCAGCUGUGCCUUGGAAAUCGUGGACCGAUACCUCCUCAAGGUAAACGGUUUGUGCUGGCACGUCCGCUGUCUGGCCUGCAGUGUUUGCAGGACCUCAUUAGGCAAGGACAGCAGUUGCUACAUCAAGGACCAAGAAAUAUUUUGCAAAUUUGAUUAUUUCAGGCGGUACGGUACCCGGUGCUCUCGCUGUGGCCGCCACAUCCACUCCACAGACUGGGUCCGCAGGGCUAAGGGCAAUGUGUAUCACUUGGCUUGCUUCGCCUGCUUCUCCUGCAAGAGACAGCUCUCGACAGGCGAGGAGUUCGCUUUGGUGGAAGAAAAGGUCCUCUGUCGAAUACACUACGACUGUAUGUUAGAAAACCUAAAAAGGGCGUCGGAAAACGGGAGUGGAAUCAGUAUGGAAGGAGCAUUGCCAACUGAACAAGAUGUAAACCAACCCAAGCCAACGAAAAGAGCACGUACAAGUUUCACAGCAGAACAGCUUCAGAUUAUGCAAGCACAGUUUGCACAAGACAACAAUCCAGAUGCCCAAACUCUGCAAAAACUUGCAGAUAGAACUGGACUAAGCAGACGUGUCAUACAGGUUUGGUUUCAGAACUGUAGAGCACGUCAUAAGAAACACGUCAGCCCCAAUCAUUCAUCUACUACCAUGACUGUGCAGCAGGCUCGACUUUCCCCACCCAUGCUAGAGGAAAUGACCUAUUCAGCAUAUGUAGCGCCAGAUGGACCAAUGUUGACUGCCUUACACACGUACAUGGAAUCUCAUUCACCAACAUCCCUGGCACUCCAACCAAUUGUAUCUCGUGCAAUGACACAACUUCCCAUUGGCCAUGCUUGAUUUUUUUCACAUCAGCAAUUCAUUUUGUUGUAUUCAGGUUGAAGAUGAAUGCAAAGUGCAUUAAUCUACUGCAUUUAGUUUACUUAUUAAUGCGCAGUACUGUUGCUGCAGAUAAACUUUGUUUUCCCUCUAAUUUUCCUAUUUAUUGACAUCAGCAGAGCACUUUGAUCUUUCGGUUGCAAUGUGCAAAAUGUUUACAAUCUCUGUAGUAUAAAUGUUACACUAGUUUUGAUAUAUUUGU